AUGAGUUUCCCCAAAGACCAGAAAGUCGACUUCCAGAACGUCAUAAACAGCCAACGAAGCUCCACCCUCAAAACCCGACGUGGUAUCUGUCCUAGCACAGAAGAGCCUCUCUGGGAGUCUCCCGUAUCAACCCAAGAUGACGUUAAUCGAGCUGUGAGCGCUGCGAAGGCAGCAUAUCCUGCGUGGCGAAAGCUAUCAUGGGAUGAGCGCGCCAGCUACCUCGUCAAGUUCGCAGAUGCCAUUGAGGCACAUAAGCAAGAGUUUAUUGACCUUCUAGGCCGUGAAGCUGGCAAACCGCUUCAGGCUGGUGGCUUUGAGCUUAUGCUUGUUAUGGAGCAUGUUCGAGAGACGCCGAAGCUUAGGAUCAAGGAGGACAAGCCUGAGGAUAAUAAAGAUAGAACAGCCGUCGUACGCUACGUCCCUCUCGGAGUCGGCGUCGGCAUCGUCCCAUGGAACUUCCCCAUGUUACUCGGCAUUGGAAAAGCAUACCCUGCCAUGCUAGCCGGCAACACGUUCAUAUGGAAGCCCUCACCAUAUACUCCAUACUCAGCUCUCAAGCUGGCAGAGAUUGGAGCCAAAGUCCUUCCUCCUGGCGUGUUCCAAGCUUUAAGCGGCGGUGACAAUCUCGGACCUAUGCUGACCGCUCAUCCUGCCGUAGCCAAGGUCAGCUUCACGGGUUCUACCGAGACGGGCAAGAAGAUCAUGGCGGCUUGUGCUGCUACGCUGAAGCGUGUUACUCUUGAGUUGGGAGGGAACGAUGCUGCGAUUGUUUGUGAAGAUGUUGACAUUCCUACAGUGGCUGGAAAGGUCGCAUUCCUCGCCUACGUCCACAGCGGCCAAAUAUGCAUGAACAUCAAACGCAUAUAUGUCCAUGAGAGCAUCUAUGACAAGUUCGUUUCUGAAGUCAUCAAGUUCCUUGGAGCCCUCAAGACCGGUGACUUCUCUGAUCCGGAAGCCUUCUUCGGACCAAUCCAGAAUAAGAUGCAGUACGAGAAACUCCGACGUCUCUAUGAGGAAGUCGACAAGCAAGGAUGGAAGCGUGCCAUUGGCGGCGCAUCAACUGCAUCAGCCAAAGGGUACUUCAUGCCACCCGUUCUUAUUGAGAACCCUCCCGAGGAUUCAGAGAUCGUGCAAACUGAACCAUUUGGCCCAAUAGUCCCUAUUAUGAAGUGGAAGUCUGAAGACGAUGUCAUAUCUAGGGUCAAUGCAUCAGACUAUGGUCUUGGAGCGUCUGUCUGGAGUAAAGAUGUUUCUCGUGCUCGACGAAUGGCUGAACAAUUGGAAGCGGGGAGUAUUUGGGUGAACACGCAUUUCGAAGUUGCGCCUAAUGUUCCGUUUGGGGGACAUAAACACAGCGGUAUUGGCAUGGAUUGGGGAGAGGUUGGUCUUAAGGGCUGGUGUAAUCCUCAGGCUUACUGGGUGAAGCAUUCUGGGUGA